GUUAACACUACUCGUAAUAAUUGAUUUUUUGACGCAAAAUAAACACGUUUUUCAAAUAGAAUGCUUACUCAGUUGGUGCCGUAACGUGAUUCUGUGCGGAUUACAAGUGAUUUUCAAGUUUAAAAAUGAAGCUUUUGUGGCUAGAAUUGAAGAAAAUCGCGGCACAGUUGCGAGGAUCAGGGAAGAUAUUCGGUUACGAGAGCACAGUGGCGAAUCAGCUUUACUUAUUGUAUUGUUUCGCGGGUCACAUUUAUUUCACAGAUAAGGUUCAUAAACGAGUGAAAUAUUUUUGGUACGGUAUUGUGUCAUACCAAUUGCUAUAUUCGUCAGUGAUCAGUUUGGAGUACUUGUGUUUAGAAAGAAAAACUGAUCUGAUGGUGAAACUGCAUGUUCUGAAUUUUGCGUGUAUGAUUAACACGGCAGCAAUAAUUUUUCCACUCAUCGUGUACUUGUGCGGGGAUCGAAUCGAAGCAUUGAUUCAACACGUUGAUGAUAUUUUAAUGCUCGACUUAGGAUCAGGCCUCAAGCAGAAAAAAAUUAUCGCAGAUGCGAAAAAAUAUUUCGCGCUGUAUCUAAUACCCUCCGCCAUUAGUUACUUAGUGUUAACAUUUGCAAGCGUUCCUGACGUUGUACUAUUUUACGAAGAAGAGAAAUUAAGCAAUAGUCUUUACUAUGCGUUUCCUCCACCAUUGAUUCAAAAAUACACCAGCAUGUGGUUGUAUUUAAUCGCGACUGGUAUUAUAUUCAUUGUGUAUGCACUUACGCUGGCACAAGCGUGGUCCAGUCUUGGCUUCGUUUUGUAUUGUAGUAUCAUUGUUUGCGUCCAGUUGACCAGUACAAAGAAUUUUUUGCGUUCUAGAACUCGCGAUUUGAAUGUUUACACGGACGAUCAAGUGAAACACUCGGCUGAUUGGAACGGAAUGUUCAAUUGCAUGUUAGAACAUGGCAUUUUAGAAUUCCAACAGGUUACUCGCAUGAUUAAUUAUUUGAGAAAGUUAUUCGAAGGCAUUGGAACCAUGCUCGUUAUAAAUGGGCUUUGGAUUGGCAUGAUUUUACUCUACACUUAUUUAACAAAUGAGUUGUUACCAGUGACGAAAUUGAAAUUUUUGGCAGGUUGCAUGGGGACUGUUAUCGCCGUAUUUUUAUUCUAUUGGGCCGGGCAAAAUUUGAACAACUCGGUAUCUGAGGUAACUCUGGCAGUCUAUUUUACUCCGUGGUAUCGGUCGGUAAAAGUACGAAAAAUCGUGUACAUUUUCUUGGGUCAAACACAGUCGAUAAAGAAUUUCGCAGUUUUCAAAGUUCAUGGAAUGCAGCUGAAUAAUAUUGCACGAUAUUUGCAUGGUCAAAUGUCAUACACCCAUGUUUUGCGUAAACUAACAAUGAAAUAAAUUUUCACAUCGAUUGGAAUACCUAUAUAAUAUCAUCUUUAUCGAAGUGCACAACUUUGGAAUGCUUUGGCAUUCGAUAAAAUAGAUUUUAAGAUUCAAACAAGAUUUCCUAUAUAAGCACAAAAUGUACUUACUCAUGCACUUAUUUUAAU